CGGACAAACAUGAUGUAAUAAGAAAGAGUGAAGUCUUUUCCCUUUUGCCACUCUUUAUCCGUCAUCCGUCAGUAUGCGGCGACUAUCGCCUUUUCAGAUGUCCAGAGCCGGACUUGGAAUCGCCGCAAUAUCAUACGUGGUGGUCGAUUAUUUGAGAUACGUGUCACCGUCGUGGCAUUCUCGUCUUCAGCCAGUUCUCUGGUCGGUCCUGAUUCUUGCCGUAAUUACACGUGUCCCUUUCUACAAGCACUGGUCUAAAGAGCUACGAGCAGCGAUCCCUUUCCUCGCUUCUAUAUUCUUCAUGCUUGGAGCUCUUCUUUUCGAGGCUCUUUGUGUUCGCUCUGUCACCGCCGUUCUGGGCUUAGAAUGGCACCGGGAUACGUCUCCACUUCCUGACACAGGCCAAUGGUUCCUACUUGCACUAAACGAGAACCUUCCUGAUACAAUCGUUGAAAUUCUGAGAGCUCAUAUCAUAGGAUUGCACCAUUUUCUUAUGCUGUUUGUAAUGCUUGGUUUCUCGGUAGUGUUCGACUCAGUGAAAGCUCCGGGUCUAGGAUUAGGGGCACGAUACAUGUUCACCAUGGGAUUUGGCCGUCUUUUAAGAGCUAUAACCUUCGUAUCUACAAUCUUACCUUCGGCUAGACCUUGGUGCGCUUCAGCCCGGUUCAACAACGUCCCUUCUUAUCCCCAUCGUUGGGCUCAGAAGUAUUAUGUUCCUUAUGCUAAAGACCCGUCUGCUAUACGCCAGCUCCUCCAUUGGGAUGCAGCUUACGCUGAUCCAGGAAACUACAUUGGUGACUACAGAGCUGACUGGGGUCCAAUGAGCUUCCUCAGCGACUUCUUGAGACCGAGUUACUCUGACGGGUCUUCGUGGUUUGCUUUACUAAAGAAAGCGGGAGGCGGUUGUAAUGACCUGUUGUACAGUGGCCACAUGCUUGUAGCUGUCCUAACCGCUAUGGCUUGGACAGAGGCUUAUGGAGGUUUUUCUUCAGCAUUGAUAUGGUUGCUUGUGGCACACAGCGCACAGAGGGAAAUAAGAGAGCGCCACCACUAUUCAGUAGACUGUGUUGUGGCGAUUUACGUUGGUAUCCUUCUUUGGAAAAUGACGGGUUUUAUUUGGUCUAAUAAGAGAAAGUCGAAGCAGACAGUGAGAUUAGAGAAGAUUCAGAACAGGCUUAUUCACGCUGCGAAGGAUUCGGAUAUGGAGACUGUUAGGAGAAUUGUGGAGGAGAUGAAGGUAAGCCUCCGGGAAGAGGAGCAGAGCGGAGUUGUCUCCAAGAAGGCAAUGACAGUGUUUGCGUUUGCUACAGUGAUCACGACACUUGGUAUUGUGAUUCUGGCUUUGACGUUGACAAGCGACGGCUAAAAAUAUGGAUUGAGUGUUUGUAUUUCGAGUGUUUUACACUGAAUGUCACUUUUUUGUUGAAUAUGAGUUUGGUUGGUUCGAACCAAAAACACUAAAUUUAGUUGUGUGUUAUAAACUAAGAAGAGAAUGAGAGAAAUAAUGGGGAAUUCUCUGUGUAUUAUUACUGAAUGAAUAUAGGUUCCUUUAUA